GGAGCGGCUGACGCCGGAGACUUCCCAGGCUGGAUCCCGAGGCUGUGUAAGGGAAGGGAGAUGCGAAUAUGGGGUUCGGGACGAUCCUGGGACCGUACCCGAGGCUGGGGCAGCCUGGGAGUGCCAAGCCCAUGCAUGAAAAAGCAGCUCCCUUGAAGAGCCCUGAGCCCAUGCACGGCCGUGACAAAGUGGAGGCAUCCCACAAGGAGAAGAGUUUGGAUUCCCUUGACGGCAGCCUCCACCUGAACGAAGCCCUGAAGGAUGAAGACAUCAAGAAAUGCCACCGGGAAGUGGCUGCUAGCAAGUACAACUCCCAGUACCACAAGCUGUUCAAGGACAUCCCGACCGAGGAGAGCGUGCUGAAAGUUUGCUCCUGCGCGCUCCAGAGGGACAUCCUGAUCCAGGGCCGGCUUUACAUCUCCCCCAACUGGCUCUGCUUCUAUGCCAACCUCUUUGGGAAGGACAUCAAGGUGGUGAUCCCAGUGGUGUCUGUGCAGCUGAUAAAGAAGCACAAGACAGCUCGGCUGCUGCCCAACGGCUUGGCCAUCACCACCACCGCCAGCAGAAAGUACAUCUUCGUGUCCCUCAUCUCCCGCGACAGUGUCUACGACGUCCUGAGGAGGGUCUGCACGCACCUGCAGGUUUCCAGUAAGAAGAGCUUGAGCCUGAAGGAGCUGCGGGAGGAGCCCGAGGCCGUGUCGCUGGUGAGGGUGAGGGCGGCGCUGGGCGAGGCGAGGAGCGCCCUGGCCCCGCGCUGCGGGCAGGAUUGCGGCCGUCUGGCCCCCCUGGCGGGUCCGACACCCUCCUGGCACGCUCAGGAGGUGAUUGUCCCCGAGGGCAAGUGGAGGAAGGUGUCGCCUGCGUCGCUGUCGCUGUCCCUGCCGGAUGCUGACUACCAGUGCAUCCACCGCGCCUCCGUCAGCAGCCUGAGCGCCAAGGAGAGCUCCUUCACCUCCGAGGAGCCUCUGGUCUCGGAAAGUGCAAUAAACACGGAGGAGGAGCUGGAGGCGGAGCAGAGCUGCGUGGCAGAGCUGAGACCCUCAGACUACCAGCUCCUGAAGGUCUUCAUCGUGCUCAUCUGCCUCCUGGUGGUGUCCUCCUCCUACCUGGCGUUCCGCAUCUUCCGGCUGGAGCAGCAGCUCUGCUCGCUCAACCGGGACUACCUCUCCCGUGGGCACAGGAGGUGACUGUUGCCCCGGUGCUGGCUGAGAGCGGAUGUGGAGGCAGCGGCAGGUGGCACAGAGCCCCUGGCACACGUCCUGGCCGUGGCUGCUGGCUCCUGACCAGCGCUCCCUCGGCUGAUGAAAUGGGACCAACCUCUCCCUCCCUGCUGGGGACCACCCACCUGGCUCCUGGCCACUGGUGCCAACUCCCUGCCCCGCUGGCAGCCUGCUUGCUGCCGGGGACGCUGCUGCACUGGAUGAUGGCUUGGGGCCACCGAGCGGUUGGACUUGGUGCUAAAAUGGGCACCUCUCUGGACUCCAGACUUGGGGUUGUCUUCUCAGAAGGUGACCUUGGGCUCACCAGGGACCCCUAGAAGUGUGGCUGAGCUGCUGUUGCUGAGUAGCAGCAGCUCUGGGCUGAACCCCCACUCCUUGUCCCCAUCUCUGUACCCCCAGGGCCACGGCAGGAGAGGGACCCCAGGCACAGGGGUCUGUGGGCACGGGGAGGAAGGGGCCAGCAGCCUGGUGGGGCACUGCUACCCCAGCACCCACGAGUGGGGCUGGAAUCCAGCCCCUCCCGGGCUCUGUGCCAGCUCCCAGCCCUUCUCUCCUGGAGCACUGGGCCACUUUGGGGUGCGUCUGUGUCCCCUGCAAAGCACUUUAGGGUCCCCCAGAGCAGAGCUCCUGGCUGGGGACCUGCCCUGGCAGCGCUGCUGGACCAAGGCUUCGUUAGCCCUGCUCGCCCGGAGGGAGCCUGCAGCUGGCCCCGGACUGCUGCACCUCCCUGGCCUGGCUCUCCUCAACCCUGCUGCCAGGCAGGGCUUGUGCCCUGGGCUCUGUGCCCCCGGGAGCCUGCUGGGGCAGCAGGCCACAACCUCUGAUUCCUUCUGGUUUCCUUUCCUGGUUCUUUUGGGAACUGCAAGUGCUGACGGGGCCAAACCCCCAGGCCCUGGGGCAGAGCUCCCUGCUCCCCUGGGCUCCCAACGGCUUUUCCAUGGAAAUAAACCCAGGAUUUUCUAGCA